UGCCAACAGCUGAUCCCGUGAUUAGCUGGAGUUGUGUCAAACAUCACAAAAAGCUUUUUACUUUGGUUUAAGUUUUUCUAGUUAAACUUCUCACAAAACAGAAGGAGUGAGAAUUAAUAUGUGGAAGAGUUUAUGUGAAUAUAAAGCAGCAAUAUUGAAAUGUCCAAUUAUUUCGAUGGAGGAAGUGCACUGGUUUCUACCCGGAGCAUAUUAGGUGACGGACCGGUGUCCCACCUCGUAAACAUUCGCGGGAAACUUUUGAGUUUUAUCUGUUUUCACAGCUACUAUUAGUUUUUUUGGUGAUGACUGACAUCCUAACGUUGGUGUUCAGGACCUUUUCGUCACAGACGGGUCAAAACAAGGACCCCGGUGUUUGUCCUCCAGCAGCAGCAGCAGCAGCCCCCCGCUGCAGCAGCCUGGUAGUGGGGCAGCACCGCCUCAGCCGCUCCCUGCUGCUGCUGGCAGCCGUGACCGCAGCCUCGGAGCUCGGCAUCAGAGUGACUUUCUUCGCGCAGAGCCAGAUCCAGAGCCUCCCGGUGUGUCUGCAGCGAUGCAGCACGACCCUGAGCCCAGAUGGUCUAAAGAAAAUCACGUUUUCCUAUCCGCGGACGCUGGAGGAGCUGCUCCAGCGGGUUGCCAGCCUCCAUGAAGCCCCUCUACCUCCCUCGCUCAUCAUCAUCGACAGACUGGACGGCUUCCUGCGGGACCCCGGCGCCUGCAGCCACGCUGGGUUCCACUCAGGAGAGCUGUCCUGCGCUGCUCAUCUCGCUGCUCUGCUCUGUGACACAGCUGCUUUUCUCACAGAAGUCCUCCAGCAGAGGGGGCCCAGCUCCGCCCCCUGCCGGGUCAUCGCCUCCUUCCUCUCAGAUGUUGACGGCGGCCAGGAAAGCAAGGAUUCCUCAGCCACAGACCCGGUUCUGGAUGUUCUUGAUCGCUAUUUCCAAGCUCGCUGCACUCUGGAUCAGGACGAAAGCUAUGAAGCAGCAGCAGCUGCUGCGCAGGAGAUGUGGCACAUAUACCUGUCUGGAAGAAAAGUCUCAGAGGAUGGAGAGGAGGGAGCUGCCUUAGCAGAGGAGUGGAAACUCCUCUGCUUUCCUGAUGGUUUAAUGAAGUUUAAGUCUGUUUAAAAGACUGUGGUUAAAAAAAAUUUUACUUUUAUUCAAGGAAAAACAUUUCUUGAGGACAUUAAGUAAACAUACAUUCCUGUUAUUCUGGGUUGAUGUAUUUCAUAAACUGUUAUUUAUCAGCUAAUGAUUUCUGAACUCUUAUCUGAGGUUCCUUUAUCAGAUACAGGAAUCAGACUUUUCCCUGAAUGAUACUGAUUGUUGUUUUCCUUUGGGGGCCGACAUGCCCUUUACUUUUCU